UCCUCUCUCCUUCAACAACAAACCGGCUCUUCCGGUUCCCCACCUCCCUCCCUUAUAUAUCUCCCUUUCUCUCUUAUAAUCCACCUCACGCAACGCCCACGGAUCCUAGUCUUCGUCUGCCUCUCUCCGCCAACUCUAAGCGAAACGAGAAACUGAAAAUAACCUAAAGCUUCCAUUUUAUGAUUGUUACUCUAUAUGGCUGUUACUGGCAAGGAUGUGGAUCGGAUCAAGGGUCCGUGGAGCCCCGAGGAAGACGAAGCGUUACAGAUGCUGGUCCAGAAGCACGGACCCAGAAACUGGUCCUUGAUAAGCAAAUCUAUUCCCGGCCGAUCCGGUAAGUCUUGUCGCCUCCGAUGGUGCAACCAGCUCUCCCCUCAGGUAGAGCACCGCGCCUUCACUCCUGAAGAGGAUGAGACUAUCAUACGUGCCCACGCUCACUUCGGCAACAAGUGGGCCACUAUCGCCCGCCUCCUCAAUGGUCGGACCGAUAACGCUAUUAAGAACCAUUGGAACUCUACUUUGAAGCGGAAGUGCUCAUCGUCGAUGGUGGACGACGUUAGUUUUGGCAGCCGGGAUGCGUACGAUGGUAAUUUGGGUGGUAACGAUCAGCCGUUGAAGAGAUCUGUGAGUGCGGGUUCUGGUAUGCCUGUGUCCACGGGGCUUUAUAUGAAUCCAGGGAGUCCAUCUGGAUCUGACGUCAGCGAUUCCAGUGUUCCUGUUUUGUCUUCCUCGCAUGUGUAUAGACCGGUGCCUAGAGCAGGACCUGUUUUCCCUCCAGUGGAAACGACGUCGUCUUCUAAUAACAACGACCCUCCCACCUCGCUGAGCCUAUCCUUGCCCGGUGCCGACUCCUCUGAGGUCUCCAAUCGAGCAGCUGAGUCAACUCCAGUGCGAGUGACGGAGUCAACUCCAGCAACAAAUACAAUCUCUUUGGUGCCAGCUAUGAAUCAAGUUUCACUAGCACCGGCACAGGUGGAGGCGGCGGCGGCUGCCAUAGCAGCGGGUAUGCAGCAGGGAGCGGUAAAUGGUGGAGUAGGGGGAGGAUUUGUUGGGUUCACUGCGGAGUUUAUGGCGGUUAUGCAUGAAAUGAUAAAAAUGGAGGUGAGGAAUUACAUGAUGGAGCAGAGUAGGUGCGGCGGCAGUGGAGGCGGUGUUGGCAUGUGUAGGGUAGGCGGAGGCGGUGGCGGCGGAGGCGGCAGUGGAGGUGGUGUUGGUAUGUGUUUUCAAGCAGCUGGUGGGGAAGGAUUUAGGAAUGUGGCCAUGAAUCGAAUUGGGGUUAGUAAGAUUGAGUAGCUAAGUAGGGAGUCAAAUGAGACGGUAAAAUUGAACAGAGUAGAGAGAGAGAGAGAGAGAGAGAGAGAGAGAGAGAGGAAACUGGGCUUUUGUUUUUUCUCUUUUGUUUAGGGAAUAAUAAUUUUGGGCACUGUACAGAGUAAGGCAGAGAGAUGGGUAAAAGUGAAAAAAAAAAUUCCUUAAUCAAGGAGGACAUGAAGAAUGUUUUAACAGAGACAAAAAUAAUGAAAAAAAAGGUGAAAAAUUGGAAAUUUA